AUGGCGCGGCUCAGCAUAUUCAGCACACCGCUGUUGGUCGUGCUACUCGCCUCCCUGCUUCCUCUCGCCCCCGCAGCAUCACUACCAAGCUCGAAUGACUGGACAAACGUCAACUACCUCAAGCAGAUCGACCUGACCGGCUCAACCUCACACACACUCACAACCCUCUCGAUCAAGCCCAGAUCCACCGUCUCCGCAGCCUCUCGCUCUUCUUCGCCUUACUACUUGCUGCUCUCAGCAGAAGAAGCAGACCACCUAUCAUGGAGUCGACUCACAGUCAAACCCGCUCUCGACUCCCCCCUCGCUUCAGGUUCAGGUUCGGAUUACAAAGGAGGUCUACGCCCAGUCCUUCCCUUCACCCCCCUCGGUCCUCUUGAUGGAGACGCAAGCAGUAUCCUCUUCGAGACCCAAAUCCCAUCCGAUGUCCUCGGCGCUGAGGGAGCAACCUUGACCCUCGAAACAACGCUGAACCACAUCACCUCUCCCCUACCGGAAAGCGUCAAACAAACCCAACCUCAACUCUUCCUUUGGACAGGCGACUCCACCCUCCGCACGCCCUACCCUACCAUUUCGGGUCGAAUUAAAGUCAAAUGCCCCUCGCCCAAAAUCCUCUCUUUCUCCCCCUCCAACGCAACCAAGUCCGGCAGCAUCGUCACUUUCGGCCCCUUCGAAAAGCACGCUUCCCACACCCCCAACACUCCUAUUCCGCAGGGCAAGGUUCAUUUCCAGGUAGACGCUCCGCAAGCAACCAUAAUCUCACUCGAUCGAGUCGCUGAGAUCAGCCACUGGGGUGACGCACUCUCCAUCCAAGAUCGCAUUCUUCUUCGCAACACCGGUCCGCAACUCAAAGGUCAUUUUUCGAGAAUCGAGCAUCAAAUGGCGUCGUUCUACCACAAGAGUUCUGGCUCUGCUCUUUCGUCCCUUACGUUUACCUUACCGCCGGGUGCAAAGGAUCCUUGGUUCAUAGAUCAGAUAGGAAACGUCUCCACCUCCCGCUUCCGCCCCUCCCCUCCAAACCCAUCCAUUCUGACCGCUUCCACUUCCGGUCUAGCCUCGUCUGCAGCCCUCAAGUCCAAGAUGUCUCUGCUCGAACUGCAACCCCGCUUCCCACUCCUCGGAGGCUGGAAUUACUCGUUCAGCGUAGGAUACACUCUCCCACUCUCCGCUGGCGCUUGGACAAAGUCCCUACGUGGUUCCAAUGACUUUAUCACCGCAGUGCCCCUCUUCACCCCACUUAAAGACGUUGCUGUCGACUCAGUAUCCACAAACAUUGUUCUCCCCGAAGGAGCGACUCGACUUUCUAUCGAACUGCCCUACGAGGUGGAUAAGUUGCACUACGCAGUUACUAAAACUUACCUAGACACCCUUGGUCGUCCAGCUAUCAGAAUUAAACACAAAAAUUGCUCCCCUGAACACGCACAACUAGUCUACGUCAAGUAUACUCUCACCACGAGGGCUAAUAUGAUCAAAGUUGCUGCUGUGACCGCCGUCACAGCGGCCUUGUUGGUGCUUGCGGCGGUGCUGCAGAGAGUUGAGACUAAGAUUCGUUAG